AUUGAAAUUAGUGAUUUGUUUGUGAAUUUCGAACUUAUUUCUUUGUCAUGGUUUGUUGAUAGUUGAUUUUUGUUGUUGUUGUUGGAUAACGGUGUUGCCGUUAGUUACGCUGGUGACAAAAAAAAGAUGGCCAUGAUUACGAUUGAACGGAUUGUUCCAGCGGGUAACUCUUCAUCCUCAUCUUCAUCAUCAUCAUCAUCAACAACAACAGCAUCAGUUCAUAAUAAUUCAUCACGGCAUUUAAAUCAACAAGAUGAUAGAGCCAUCAUAGGCCAUCUUAACAACGAACAAGCGAAUACAUCCGAUUCGACUUCUAUGAUCAGAUUAAGUGAAAUCUACAUAGCCGUUAGGGAUGCCGAUAUCAUUUUUCCACAUAAUGAAUGUCAUAGAUAUUCACGGACAGCUGCAUCGGCUACAACUGCUACAAUUAGUGAACUAAUACAAAAACAUCUUAAAGCGAUAUUGGAAAUUCUUCGACCAGAAGAUACAAUGAAAAUGGCUGUGAGACUAGAAUCGCAAUUGGAUUUAGGUCAUACUCGAUAUUUAUUGGUUGUGACUAAUGAAAUGGAUCAAAGUUGUCUAUUAGGCAUUGAUUAUAAUAAUGAAGCAACCAUUGGUCUUGUGUUGCCCAUUUGGAAAGAUAUGAGAAUCAUGUUGGAUGGGGACGGUGGAUUUCGUAUCACUACUGGCCAUCGUCAUCAUAUAUUUAAGCCAGUAUCCGUACAAGCCAUGUGGUCCAUAUUUCAAUCGCUGCAUUUAGCAACAAAGAAAUCGAUCAAAAAUAAUCAUUAUGAAGGCAAUGGUUCUCAUCAAUGGGUCAUUGCCUAUAAGAAUAAUAUAAAAUCUAAUUCUCGAUUUCUACAUGAAUGGCACACAGUGAACGAUCAAUGGGAAAACAUUUACAAUAAUGUCCAUGAAUUAACUAGAUCAAGUGAUAACAAGAAAUUCGAAGAAAUUAUCGCCACAAAAUUGCGCGAAGUAAUGAUCUCAGUCGAUCUGGAACAGGUCACUUCCAAAGAGAUUCGUUCCGAAUUGGAGGCGCAACUUGGUCGUGAUCUAAGUGAUUAUAAAUCCUUUAUUGAUAAGGAAAUGAUUCGGAUCAUGGGCCAGCUUGAAGAGCCAUCUAAGAUACUCGAUUAUCUGUACCUUGGGUCCGAAUGGAAUGCUUCAAAUUUUGAAGAACUCAAAGGCAAAGGGGUACAGAAAAUUUUGAACGUCACAUCGGAGAUUGACAACUAUUUCCCGGGCUAUUUUGAUUACUACAAUAUCCGUGUUGAAGAUGAUGAAGCAACUGACAUGCUUCGACAUUUGAAUGAUACUUAUUAUUACAUUCGGAAAGCAAAGGAUGAAGGUGUUAAAGUAUUGGUUCAUUGUAAGAAAGGCAUUUCUCGUUCGGCCAGUGUUGUUGUCGCUUACAUUAUGAAGGAAAAAUGUUACGAUCUUGAUGAAGCACUUCAAUAUGUACGCACUCAUCGUAGUACGAUCCGUCCAAAUCCUGCCUUCCUUCAACAAUUAAUUAUCUACCAGGGAAUGCUCGCUGCUAGUAAUAAUAAGAAUAGUAUGAUGUGGAAAUCAAACUCCGAUUCCGAACUGCAAAGUUCGUGUGUAAGCAAUUGUGAUAGCCAUCAAUCAAGAGGAAAGAAUUUUCUGAUACAAACUCGUGAUCGUGUUCGCAAUUUGUUUCAUCGUAAAGCCGAAGCAGAUAAAGAAAAUGCAUUUAGAUUUCAUCGACGAAAGUCUUGGCCGCCCAAAUGUGACACCAAAGAUGACGAGCUGAUUUUUCGGCAGCAAUCGAAUUGCAGAAAACGAUCAGUCAGAAAGCAAUGGCCCAAAGAAAAAACUUCCACCGAUCAGGAAUUAAGUCGAAUAGAUCUUUUUAAGAGAUUAGAAAUAACAGGUUCACGAGUGAGAGAGCGGAUCGAAGAUUUCGAAAACAAACAGCCAACUAAUUCGGUGGUAGUCGGUGUACCAAAUAUCGUAGCUGGUAAUCCAAAUGCAAUAAGUCGAGAAACUAAAAGUGGUGCUGGCUCAUUACUUUUCAAAAAGAAUUUUAUAGCCAAAAAUGGUCUCGUAUCCAAUUUGGCCUGUCAAUUUGAAUCGAGAGAAUUAUCGACCACCAGCGAAACAUGUGAUUCAAAUGAAUGGAACACUGGUGAAUGUGACCAAGUCAAGUUAAAUGCUCCCUCGACUCUCGUCUAUUCCCGUUUAAUGAAACCACCGAUACCUCCUUCACCAACCAAUAGUAGUAUGACAGCCGCUCAUUCAUCCAACCACAUUGACGAUCAAAUCGAAUGUCUGUCAACAUAUCUAUCAUCUUCCUCCUGUGAAAAUCCUGCUCAUCAAUCAAAUGCCGCUGUAUAUUCGCAAUUUUCGGAUCAGGCGAGCAGCGGUCUACUCAAACGGGCCUUAUCUUAUGAUCAGAUGAUCAUGUUGGACAGCAAUCAUUGCCACAUUCAUUCACCAUUAUCAACAACGACGACUACUGUAUCAUCAUCGGACAGUUCGUUGAAGAAAUGUAAGAAAAGUUUGGCAGUCCGAUCUUCAAUGGACAGCAAUAAUAAUGACGACGAUUGUGAUAGACCCAUUGUCCUUCCCGGCAACAAUGACCAACAUAAUGAGAUAGUAACUUGCCAUCAGUUGUUACAGCCAUUACAUCGAACAUGCAGUUUGCCCAACAUAGCCGAUGAUGAUCAAUUAAAUGGAAAUAAAGCUGCUUGUAGUCGUCUUAAAGGUCAUUGUCGUCAUUGUGGGAAUUCUUGCCACAAGUCAGUAUCUAAUCACCGUAUCAAACGAUCAUCAAUUAAAUGGCAACUCGCUCAUAUGGGCAAAACAUGGGCGUUAAUGACUCCUCUAGAUUUACAAUUCUUAAGGCAGAUGACAUGUCAUCAUUGUAACGAUGAAACAAAGUGUAGCCAUAAUGAUGGAUUUGUUCGACGAAGAGCCGAACGACUUGAGACUUAUAAACAUGAUCCAUCAUCGUCUUCAAAUGCAUCGGCUAACACUAUUCGUACUGAUGAAAGCGAAUCCAUGAGCGAGCGACCAUUCAAACAUUCUCCAAACUUUGAUGGUCAAUUAAAAUUGUCCAAGUCUUUCAAUCAUCCCUCAUCAUCAAUAAAAUCUUCCAUCGAAUCGGCCAUAAUGUCAGCAACUUUAACGGCUGAGAAAAAAUCAAAGAAAACGUAUGGCAAAAGCCAUCCAUUGGACAACCACUUUUUGUCUUACAAUAAUAAGCAAAAUUUUCAUGUACAAAUCGAUGAUCAUCUCAUUAAAGUUACAAGAGGAUUCGGUGGUGUUAAUCAUGAAACAAUACGCAUAUUAAACGAAGAGAAAGCCUACAACAAUGUGUUCGCUGAUGAAUGUCGCAGCCAAAAUCGAACGUUACGCAAUAGCAAUGAACUGUUAAGUGCAACUAUUGAAAGCUAUUCAAUUGGAUUGUUAUAUGACCAACUGAUAUCUAUGAUUGAAAAGCGAAUGAACCAGCAGGAUGAAAUAUUUGUGACCAAAUGCCGGGCAAUGAGCAAUCAAACACGAGCUAUGAAACCUACCGAUUUUGGAGCACAAAAAGCUUUCGAAAAUUUCGCAAUAUCUGAAACAAUCCAUGCCAAAUUCGAUGAAUUACAGAGUUCACUUUUGUGUACACCGUUGGCGAAAUUGAAUUGCAUGCGACAAACAUUGGACGCGAUCAACGAUCAAUUAAAACAAACGGUCGACCAACAUGAAUGGCCAUUCACAGGAAAUGGUUCUCGUGACAAAAUUUACAUCAUGUCCGAUGAUCUAUUAGCCGCUGUAAUAUGCUCUCUUUGCAUUUGUCAGCCUAAUCAUUUUUGUUCCACUAUCGAAUUUAUUCAUUCGUUCAGCUGGUAUUUACCACAAAAUUCAGAACUUGGUUAUUCAUUCGUGACAUUCAAGGUGGCUAAAGAAUAUAUAUUAAAUUGCAGCCAAGAACAUGCUGGUUCUCAAACUAAUCGAAACAUUCAACAGAAAAUUGCAUCAAAAAGUCGUUCGGAUAAAGACCUAUCUUCACUGGAUGAAGAGAUUGAUAAAAUGACCAAAAUUAUGAGCAAAAAUUCUGUUGCAAACACAGAGCAGACUUCUGAUCCACCGCAAAAAGUUGAACAUUAUCAAGAAUUAGGUGGCUUUCUCGGUUCACUUGCUGACAACUUUAUGACUGCCUCCGGUCAGAAAAAUUAAUAUUAAAAGAUUAAAGCAAUAAAGACAUUUGUUGACGAAA